AAUUUUCAUAUAUGCAUUUGGUAUAUUUUAUAGCAAGUGAUUUUUGACUUGAGACAAUAUGAGCAGCCCAAGUUCAGUACUUGCUAUACUUUGCCUUCUCUGCUUUCUUAAUGGCCAGGGAAUGAUAGCAAAGGUGGCUGCAAAUAGCCAAGUACACAUUGUUUAUCUGGGAAAGAGGCAGCAUGACAACCCCAAGUUGCUCACAGAUUCACAUCAUGAUUUGCUUGCCACCAUAGCGGGAAGCAAGGAAUUGGCCUCAGAAUUAAUGGUAUACAGUUAUAGACAUGGUUUCUCUGGGUUUGCAGCCAAGCUCACAGAGUCUCAAGCCCAAAAACUUUCAGAGCUGCCUGGUGUUGUUCGAGUCAUACCAAAUAGUCUUCACAAGCUGCAAACGACUAGGAGUUGGGAUUUUCUUGGCCUCUCUUCUCAAUCCCCUUCCAAUAUUCUUCACAAGAGCAGCAUGGGUGAUGGAGUUAUCAUAGGUGUCCUUGACACAGGUAUUUGGCCGGAGUCUGAAUCAUUCAAUGAAAAAGGCCUGGGGCCAGUUCCAUCCCACUGGAAGGGUGUAUGUGAAUCUGGAGACAGAUUCAAUGCUACAAAACACUGCAAUAGAAAAAUCAUUGGAGCCCGCUGGUUCAUCGAUGGACUUCUUGCCGAGUAUGGAAAACCACUGAACAGGUCUACGGAGUUCUUGUCUCCCAGAGACGCACAUGGACAUGGUACUCACACUUCUAGCACUGCAGCUGGUUCUUUUGUGACCAAUGUGAGCUACAAGGGCCUUGGUCAUGGGACAAUCAAAGGGGGUGCCCCAAAUGCUCGGUUGGCCAUUUAUAAGGUUUGCUGGAAAGUGCUUGGAGGCCAAUGCUCAUCAGCUGAUAUAUUGAAAGCUUUUGAUGAAGCCAUACAUGAUGGGGUUGAUGUGUUGUCAUUGUCAAUUGGGUCUUCAAUUCCCCUCUUCUCAGACAUUGAUGAGCGUGACGGCAUUGCAACUGGUUCCUUUCAUGCUGUGGCCAGGGGAAUUACUGUUGUUUGUGGAGCAGCAAAUGAUGGACCUUCAGCUGAGACGGUUCAGAACACAGCGCCAUGGAUCAUAACCGUAGCAGCAAGCACCAUGGAUCGAUCAUUUCCUACUUCGAUAACUUUGGGAAAUAACAAAACUUUCUUGGGACAAGCUAUGUUUACAGGGCCAGAGAUUGGAUUUGCAAGCUUGAUAUACCCAGAAUCCGAAGGGCUUGACCCUACUGCGGCAGGUGUGUGCCAAUCCCUGUCACUUAACAAAACUAUGGUAGCUGGAAAGGUGGUUCUUUGCUUCACUACAGUCAGUCGUAGGACAGCUAUAACAGGUGCUUCAGCAGCUGUGAAAGAAGCCGGCGGUGUUGGCCUCAUCGUAGCAAAGAAUCCAAGUGACGCCUUAUAUCCAUGUAAUGAAGACUUCCCAUGCAUUGAAGUUGACUAUGAAAUUGGCACCCGAAUACUGUUUUACAUCCGGUCUACCAGAUCUCCUCUUGUAAAAUUGAGACCUCCUAAAACAUUUAUUGGCAAGCCACUCUCAGCCAAGGUGGCUUAUUUUUCAUCUAGGGGGCCAAACUCCAUUACACGAGCAAUUCUUAAGCCAGAUAUAGCUGCCCCUGGUGUGAACAUUCUGGCUGCAACUUCUCCACUUGAUGCACUAGGGGAGGGUGGAUAUGUCAUGCACUCAGGAACAUCAAUGUCAACUCCUCAUGUCGCAGGCAUUGUGGCUCUUCUCAAAGCAAUGCAUCCCAAUUGGUCUCCGGCAGCCAUUAAAUCGGCACUUGUCACAACUGCAUGGAGGAAUGGCCCGUCUGGUUUACCAAUCUUCGCAGAGGGAUCGCCUCAAAAGCUGGCAAAUCCAUUCGAUUUUGGAGGUGGCAUUAUGAACCCCAAUGGAGCAGCAGACCCCGGUUUAGUAUAUGACAUAGGCAAAGCCGGCUACAUGCAAUAUCUCUGUGCAAGGGGCUACAACAACUCUGCCAUCUCUAGGCUUGUAGGGCAGAACACAAAAUGUCCCAUUAAGAAGCCCUCUAUCCUUAACAUGAACCUACCCUCCAUAACCAUACCAAGUCUCAAAAAUCCUAUCACGAUAAAAAGAAGUGUAACAAAUGUGGGAGCCCCUGAAUCCAUUUACAGAGCUACCAUUGAGACUCCAUUUGGUACAAUUGUAUCUGUAAAUCCCAAUGCUCUGGUCUUCAACUCUACAGUUCGAAAGCUCGAUUUCACGAUCGUCAUCUCCACGAUCCACAGGAUGAAUACUGGAUACUAUUUUGGAAGCCUUAGCUGGGCUGAUGGAGUGCAUGUUGUAAGGAUUCCUUUGUCUGUGAGGACAGAGUUUUUGCAACCUUAUGAUGCAAAUGAUGACUGAAUUGAAUAGUGAAAUGAUGGAGUGCAUUCACUUUAAG